AUGAAAAUUCUCGAUUUUAAACAAAAUCCAUUUAAAAUGAAAAUAAAUCCCAUGACGGGAGAUACCAGGACCGGAGCAAGUGCAGCCGCUGCCACAGCAGCCGCCAAUGGUGUUGCUGGCGGCGCUGGUGGUGGCAGAAGUUGUUUUCGGGCACGCUUUGUGUUUCGAUGGAAGACUUGGGCCGAACUUGCUGAUGUCUUACGCAAACGACGCAAUCGUCCCGAUGCCUCCGAUGAAGAUUUGGGCUUGCCACGCAGUCCAGCCUCGCCACAGCGACGUGUUGUGGCCAAAACUGGCGGCGGCAAUAGCAACAAUGGAAUUGGUGGCGGUAUUGGAGGUGGCGGCAUGGCCUCGUCUUCAUCGUUGCGCACCCACCACAAACAAUCAUCAAUGGAGAAACAAAGUGAAAAUUCUUCCUUGAGCCUGUUGAGCAUGAAUAGCAGUGUUGAGGGUGAAGAAAUGAUGGUCACCUCCACAGCCAACAAUUCAACAUCAUCAACAACAGAAAUCGUACAAGAACGUUCAAGAUAUUCACGAUCAUCGACAAUGUCGAGCAUUUCAAUGUCAUCGGAUAUUUUGCGGCAUCGUGAAAGUUCCUCACUGUUAAGUGGUGGAGAUGAAGUGGAUUUAUUUUCUUCCGACUGGCAACGUCUGUCACAUUCGGCUGCCAAGCAUAAAAUGGCAAUUCGACCGGCUAAGAAGAAGGGUGGCCCUAGCCGUCAGCAUAGAAGGACAUUGGAGACUUCCAUACCCGAGGCCAAUGAGGAGCUAUCGAAAUUGACCAACAAAAAGUUAUUGGAUAUUAAAGAUUUGGAUAACAAAGCCAAGACACGUUCUCUCCCACCGGGUGUUAAUCCUGCCAAAAUUAUGGAAGAACAACAACUACACACUGCCUAUAAGGAAUCAACAACAACAACCAAAUCCUCAGCUAUGGCAACAACAAAAACUAAAACGACCACGAGUUCGAGCUCAACGAAUAAUCUAUUCGGUUUUCGUUCAUUGUCUUCGAAGGCCUCGUCAUUGUUUGAAGGCAAAGAAACUGCUUCCACGACCACCACCUCCUCCUCUUCCACCUCUGCUGUGGCUUCUUCGGAAUCUGGCUUCUUGAGACGUUUAAUGCAUCGCAAUUCGAAACGUUCCAUUGCCAAGGCAAAUGCUGGUGAUGAUGUGGAGCAGGUGGAUGCGGCCAGCAAACCUAAUGAACCAAAGAAAUUACAAAUUGGAAAUUCCAAUCAUACGGAAGCCAAGGCCUCUAACGCAUAUACAUCCUCCUCCUCGUCAUCCUCCUCCUUUGUCCAGGAUGUAACCCAAAGUGAAUUCUCCUAUAUCAGUUCACCGGUCAAGAUCAGCAAAGUGGAAGAGCAUAGCCGCGAGCAGAAAAAAUUGGAGACCAUAAGUGACAGCAGGACUGCAAACUUUAGUCCCAUUUCAAGUAGUCAGCAUCAUGAAACCAUUAAGGAAGAAAAAAUAGUGGAGGAAGUGGUGAAUGUCAAACCCAAAACUGGACCAGCCUCUCGGCAACGUUACAUGCCCCAAAAUAUUAGCAAUGAAAAUCUAAAGGCCUCUGAACAAAUGGGUUCACGUGAAUCGAUUCUAAGUAAAUCCUCCGCCAAUGAGGUGUUCCAAUCCACCUCCAUUAUUCGGGAGAUUACCAAGCAGCAGCAACAGCAGCAGGCGAGUCCCAUGGUUAUUUCUCCCUCUAAGGCCGAUCAUCAUUUCGAAAAGAAACCCAAAAUUGUAGGCCUUUCGGCUUUCCAACAAAAAAUAUCCAAAUCGAAUGAGUCCUUUGGUCGUAAUUCGAAUGUGUCCAGUACCACCUCGUUAAAUCAACAAAAUAAGCUCUGUGCCCCCGUGCGGGCCCAAAUCUAUGAGCAGAAAUCACGCAAAUCUGUGGAAAAAUCCAAAAGUUUCCGGGCCUAUGGUGAGGAAAAGCCCAGCAUUACCCCAGUCCAUAAUAAUAUGCCCAGUCUACCGGAUUUGAGUUUGAAUUUGAGGGUACCCUAUUACAAGGAGUUCGAAUCGCGUGAAAGCAAACAAGAGGAGUCAUAUUUUGAAAAGGUCUCCAAAGUCUCGGUGACCUCACCCUCCACAACCUCUACGACCUCAAGUCGCCACAUCCAAGAGGCGGAGAAUAACAUCGAUAUGAUGGUCACCUCGCCCUUCAUAAGUGUUAUACGCAAAUCCGCCAAUUUCUGUGAGCAGUCGGAAAAAAUGGAAAUCGUCAAACCGGUCCGACCCUCCGUUUUGGCCUUGAAAAAGGAGAAAUCCCUGAGUGAGGAUAAUGUCCUGAAUUCCCCCAGUACGGCCAAUGUUACGCUAAGGGAAAAGGUUUUGCCUAAACAAAAUCUGAAUUUCACCACAAGUUCCAGCAGUGGUCAAUUGGAUCAGGAAAGGAAAUCGGCUCCAAAUCCUUCGGUUAGCAAACCAGCCAAUGGUUUUAGAAGUAACUCUACUAGGCGUUCCUCAAGUGUGGUGGCGGAUUCCACAGAAAAUCAAAAAUCCUCUGUACCGGAAUUUAUGAAAAUCCAAUUGAAUCGUGUGGAUCCUAUGCGUACCUCCAAGACCCAUGUGGUGUUGGCGAAAAAUGUCAAGGAGACUACAAGUCAAGGGGUGUCAAGGGAAUCCACUCCCGAUAAGGAAGAUGAUUUCCGCCGUUUGAGUUCGGAAAGUGUGGAUAUCAAUGAACGUUCCUCUCCAGAAAUGGAGAAACGUUUCCCCUUGGUCUAUCAUGAGGCCAUUAAUAAACAAGCCAAAUUACAGUUGGGUCUGCCACCCAAGAGUCCCAUCAAGAAGACGACCACCCCCUGUGGCAUGGCCAUAUCAAAUGUUCUCAUCAACAAUUCCCCAAGUGUGAAUUUCCCCGCAACACCCACCACACCACCCACCCCUACCAUUAAUGAAAAGGAUUGCAAGGCCGAUAUGGAGUCCCAAUUCAAAAUGCCUGAGAUCAAAUCUCCGGAAACCAAUACAAAUUCCCUUUCGCUGCAGGAACGUCGACGUCUCUUCAUGUCGGAGGAGAAAACAAAGUUGGAAAAGAAAGUCGAAGAAUUGAAAUAUGAAAGAAAGCGUUCCAUCAAUGAGGAGUUGGCCCGCAAAACUGUGAUUAAAUCCGAAUCCAUGGAGGAAAGGGAGACCACCACCUCCUGCUCUCCCACCUCCAUGGAAAAUGGGGUGAUUUUGCGUAAGAAAUCCUUUGCCUCCUCCGCAUCACAUCUUUCGUUGAAUGGUGGCAGUUCGUUGAGUAGCAGCAACAACAACAGCUGUUCAAAUUUGAGCCACAAGUCCACAGAUCCCACACCGGAACUGAUGAAGGUCUUUGCUAGGAGGUCGCUGAAAAUUAAGGAUGAAGAUUUGGAUAAAAUGUUGAAUAAUGGCAGUAAUACACCUCCCACCUCCCUUUCUAAUAAGAAAUUUUCAUUGGGUAGCAAUAACACCUCGGCCUGUUCCACCUCCUCCAGCAACAACAACAACAAUCCCAGUGUGGACAGUGAUAAGGAAAAUCAAUCCGCCAGUGAAGAGAAAUUGGAUAAGUUGAGUAAAUUGGAACCCGAGUCGAAAAUCUCCUCCAAUAACACCUCCACAGUGAUUAACAAUCAAAGGAAUUCCUUGGCGGAUUUCAGGCAAAACUCACACAAAAUAUCGUCUUCAGGUUUGAGCCUGAACAACAAUCAUCAGCCACAGCAGCAGAUCACCUCACCCAGUAUUGUAAAUCAAAAUCAACAGAACAACAACAACAGCAAGAACUUUUUACCACCCAUUAAAAUUGCUGGGUUUAGGCAUGUCUCCAUGCCAAACAGCAAUAACAACAACAGUAUCUCCUCCCCCGGCAAAUCCACAACCCUGGAAAGGCCCAGCACGAAACUCAAUGAAACGAAAACCGAAUCGACGACGACGAAUGGUUGCAGCAACAGCAGCACCACAACUUAUCCUCUCAUCAGUAAGACCAUCGAACGAUCAGCCACAGUGGGAGAAUUUAAGGGCAUACAUCAGCGUCGGGCCGAAUGGGAGCAAAGAGCCAAGGAGGCUUUAAAAUAGAUUU